UGAGGACUGAGUCGAGCCAGCAGCCCAGGGCAUCUGUCGGCGCUGUCGGAGGAGCCUCUGGGCGUGGGGCUGGCCCUUAGAGGGCUACUGCGCUGCUUAACUUGAUGGACCUGGGGUAUAAAGGCAGGUCUCCUGUUGAGCUAAAAAAUUAUGGGGUACCAGCUAGGUAGGCAACAUAGCGAGAACCCGUGUGUACACACACACACACACACACACACACACACACACACACACACACACACACUAGCCAGGAGUGGUUAUGGGGUACCAGCUAGGUAGGCAACAUAGCGACAACCCGUGUCCACACACACACACACAGUAGGAGGAGUGGUGGCGCGCAUCUGUAGUCCCAGCUACUCGGGAGGGUCGAGGUGGGAGGAUCGCUUGAACCCGGGAAACGGAGGUUGCAGUGAGACGAGAUCACGCCACUGCACUCCAGCCUGGGCGACAGACGAAGACUUCGUCUCAAAACAAAAACAUCAUGGGGAAUAAGGCAAGUGCCUCCCGGGCCUCUUCCUGCUUGGUCUACAUUUUGGGGUGUCGCUACUCUUGUUUGAGGAGGUGAUUAGGCCAAACUGUGUGGCUGCCAAGGUGGCCUUUGGAGAAGGGAACAGCUCGGGAUUGAGGCGAGACGGAGGCGGGGCUGUCUGCAGAUGUUCCUGGCCCCCGGGGCAGGGGGCGCCUGAGAAGUUGUAGGGUCUCUCAUAAUCCCUCAGCGCAGCUCUCUCUCCCCUCCAGUGGGAAGUACGGAUUCACACAUUUUUGGAGACCUGUUCUCUUGGGGUGUGACUCCAUCUUUUAGGAAGACUGCACCAUGUUUAAGUAAGGAACUGUGAAUGCUUACUUAAACCAUGUUUAAGUAAGGACCUGUCACUCCACUCCGCUGGUUAUUUGGUAGGAGAUACAGCCCAGGCUCUCACUGCUAAUUAGCGACUCAGCCGCACCACCCAGCGCAAAGCAAAGCGCCGAUGCUUAGGAAGGUCCCCUUUGAGGGACACGCUCAGUGGGGGUCACUUUAAGGAACACAAAGAAAUCCUCCUUUAAGUCUCCUCUGUGGUUCAUGAAAAAGGAAAGAAACUCUCCAUCCUCACCUAGUCUCAACAGAUGGCUUGAUGAGCAAUUAUCAGGUACCAGAUUGGCUGGGAAUAAUGAUAGAACAUGACCUACCAUCAGGCCCCUUGUGGAUCAAAUACAGCCUACGCCAAAUGAAAGCCACUGGAAGAUGAGAGACUGCUUAGGCGCCACCACUAGUACCAUGAGUCCCUGCACUGGUUAAAGCCAUCGCCACAACCUGGACAGGCAGCAAGGGCUCUGGGUUUGCAGAGAGCCGAAAUGACCAUGACUGCCAACAAGAAUUCCAGCAUCACCCACGGAGCUGGAGGCACUAAGGCCCCUCGGGGGACUCUGAGCAGGUCUCAGUCAGUCUCUCCACCUCCAGUUCUCUCCCCACCAAGGAGUCCUAUUUACCCGCUCAGUGAUAGUGAAACCUCAGCCUGCAGGUACCCCAGCCACUCCAGCUCCCGGGUGCUCCUCAAGGACCGGCACCCCCCAGCUCCUUCACCCCAGAAUCCUCAAGAUCCCUCCCCAGAUACUUCCCCACCCACCUGUCCCUUCAAGACCACCAGCUUCGGUUAUUUGGACAGAAGCCCUUCGGCGUGCAAGAGAGAAGCCCAAAAGGAAAGUGUCCAAGGCGCAGCCCAGGAUGUAGCAGGGGUAGCUGCCUGCCUCCCCCUUGCCCAGAGCACGCCAUUCCCGGGGCCAUCAGCUGGCCCCCGGGGCGUCUUGCUGACCCGUACCGGUACCCGCGCCCACAGCCUGGGCAUCCGGGAGAAGAUAUCAGCAUGGGAAGGUCGCCGAGAGGCGUCGCCCAGGAUGAGCAUGUGUGGAGAGAAGCGGGAGGGCUCUGGGAGCGAGUGGGCGGCCAGUGAGGGCUGCCCCAGCCUGGGCUGUCCCAGCGUGGUGCCGUCCCCCUGCAGCUCUGAAAAGACCUUUGAUUUCAAGGGCCUCCGGAGGAUGAGCAGGACCUUCUCCGAGUGUUCCUACCCAGAGACUGAGGAGGAGGGAGAGGCGCUCCCUGUCCGGGACUCUUUCUACCGGCUGGAGAAACGGCUGGGCCGGAGUGAGCCCAGCGCCUUCCUCAGGGGGCAUGGCAGCAGGAAGGAGAGCUCAGCAGUGCUGAGCCGGAUCCAGAAAAUUGAACAGGCCCUGAAGGAGCAGCCAGGCCGGGGGCUCCCCCAGCUCCCCAGCAGCUGCUACAGCGUGGACCGGGGGAAAAGGAAGACUGGAACCUUGGGCUCCUUGGAGGAGCCGGCAGGGGGCGCGAGUGUGAGCGCUGGCAGCCGGGCCGUCGGAGUGGCUGGUGUUGCGGGGGAGGCGGGCCCACCCCCAGAGAGGGAAGGCAGUGGUUCCACUAAGCCCGGGACCCCUGGAAAUAGCCCUAGCUCCCAGCGGCUGCCAUCGAAGAGUUCCCUCGAUCCCGCUGUGAACCCUGUCCCCAAACCCAAGCGCACCUUUGAAUACGAGGCUGACAAGAACCCCAAGAGUAAGCCCAGUAAUGGUCUACCUCCUUCACCCACACCUGCUGCUCCACCCCCCUUGCCCUCCACCCCAGCCCCGCCAGUCACCCGGAGACCCAAGAAGGACAUGCGUGGUCACCGCAAGUCCCAGAGCAGAAAAUCCUUUGAGUUUGAGGAUGCAUCCAGUCUCCAGUCCCUGUACCCCUCUUCUCCCACUGAGAAUGGUACUGAGAACCAACCCAAGUUUGGAUCCAAAAGCACUUUAGAAGAAAAUGCCUAUGAAGAUAUUGUGGGAGAUCUGCCCAAGGAGAAUCCAUACGAGGAUGUGGACUUAAAGAGCCGAAGAGCAGGACGAAAAUCCCAGCAACUGUCUGAGAACUCCUUGGACUCUUUGCACAGGAUGUGGAGUCCUCAGGACAGGAAGUACAACAGCCCGCCCACACAGCUUUCCCUGAAACCCAACAGCCAGUCCCUGCGCAGUGGGAACUGGUCAGAAAGGAAGAGCCACCGGCUGCCACGAUUACCCAAGAGGCACAGCCAUGACGACAUGCUGCUGCUGGCUCAGCUGAGCCUGCCGUCCUCACCCUCCAGCCUCAAUGAAGACAGCCUCAGCACCACCAGCGAGCUGCUGUCCAGCCGCCGGGCCCGCCGCAUUCCCAAGCUUGUCCAAAGAAUUAACUCCAUCUACAAUGCCAAGAGAGGAAAGAAGAGAUUAAAAAAGUUGUCUAUGUCCAGCAUUGAAACAGCAUCACUGAGAGAUGAAAACAGUGAGAGCGAGAGCGACUCUGAUGACAGGUUCAAAGCCCACACACAGCGCCUGGUCCACAUCCAGUCGAUGCUGAAGCGCGCCCCCAGCUAUCGCACGCUGGAGCUGGAGCUGCUGGAGUGGCAGGAGCGGGAGCUUUUUGAGUACUUUGUGGUGGUGUCCCUCAAGAAGAAGCCAUCGCGAAACACCUACCUCCCCGAAGUCUCCUACCAGUUUCCCAAGCUGGACCGACCCACCAAGCAGAUGCGAGAGGCAGAGGAAAGGCUCAAAGCCAUUCCCCAGUUUUGCUUCCCUGAUGCCAAGGACUGGCUUCCUGUGUCAGAGUAUAGCAGUGAGACCUUUUCUUUCAUGCUGACUGGGGAAGAUGGCAGCAGACGCUUUGGCUACUGCAGGCGCUUACUGUUUGCUCUCUUAGAAUGGAGGUGGAUCAAGAAAGGGAGAAAAGAAGCAAAAAAAGGAAUGCCAAGUGGGAAAGGGCCCCGGUUGCCAGAGGUGUACUGUGUCAUCAGCCGCCUUGGCUGCUUCGGCUUGUUUUCCAAGGUCCUAGAUGAGGUGGAGCGCCGGCGUGGGAUCUCCGCUGCAUUGGUCUAUCCUUUCAUGAGAAGUCUCAUGGAGUCGCCCUUCCCAGCCCCAGGGAAGACCAUCAAAGUGAAGACAUUCCUGCCAGGUGCUGGCAAUGAGGUGUUAGAGCUGCGGCGGCCCAUGGACUCAAGGCUGGAGCACGUGGACUUUGAGUGCCUUUUUACCUGCCUCAGUGUGCGCCAGCUCAUCCGAAUCUUUGCCUCACUGCUGCUGGAGCGCCGGGUCAUUUUUGUGGCAGAUAAGCUCAGUACACUCUCCAGCUGCUCCCACGCGGUGGUGGCCUUGCUCUACCCCUUCUCCUGGCAGCACACCUUCAUUCCUGUCCUCCCGGCCUCCAUGAUUGACAUCGUCUGCUGUCCCACCCCCUUCCUGGUUGGCCUGCUCUCCAGCUCCCUCCCCAAAUUGAAGGAGCUGCCUGUGGAGGAGGCGCUGAUGGUGAAUCUGGGAUCUGACCGAUUCAUCCGACAGAUGGACGACGAGGACACGUUGUUACCUAGGAAGUUACAGGCAGCUCUGGAGCAGGCUCUGGAGAGGAAGAAUGAGCUGAUCUCCCAGGACUCUGACAGCGACUCCGACGAUGAAUGUAAUACCCUCAAUGGGCUGGUGUCGGAGGUGUUUAUCCGGUUCUUUGUGGAGACCGUUGGGCACUACUCCCUCUUUUUGACACAGAGUGAGAAGGGAGAGAGGGCCUUUCAGCGAGAGGCCUUCCGCAAAUCUGUGGCCUCCAAAAGCAUCCGCCGCUUUCUUGAGGUUUUUAUGGAGUCUCAGAUGUUUGCUGGCUUCAUCCAAGACAGGGAGCUAAGAAAGUGUCGGGCAAAGGGCCUUUUUGAGCAGCGAGUGGAGCAGUACUUAGAAGAACUCCCAGACACUGAGCAGAGUGGAAUGAAUAAGUUUCUCCGAGGUUUGGGCAACAAAAUGAAGUUUCUCCACAAGAAGAAUUAAGCCUCCUUCUCAGUAGCAGAGUCCAGUGCCUUGCAGAGCCUGAAGCCUGGGGAGAAGGCCCAGCCUGGGACCCUCUGGGCUGCUGUGGCUCCUCUGCCCCCACAGAUCCCAUCCUCCAAGCCAGCCCACCUCUGCCUUCAUCAUAUCCCAGGAUACUGUUUGUAAAUAAUCUGCUGUAAGCUUUCUUAACUGUUUUUUGUAACAAGCAAAGAGAAUAUGGCAAAUAUUUGUAUAUUCCCAAGGGGCCGGGUGCUUUCCUGUCCUGCCAGAGCAUGGAUGAAGUUUUGCUGGGUGCUCGUGACUGGCCAGUUUUGUGCAGCUGACUGUCUCAGCCAAACCACUGAUCUUCCCUGGAGGCCUUCGGCCUGCCUGCCUGCCUGAGGUCCCCGCUGCCAGUCUCGGGCCCUGGAGAGCAGAUGCUGUCUUGUUAUGUACAGGAGGACCUUUUAAAAAAAUCAAGUUUCUAUUUUUUUCUGGUAGUCCGCAUACCCAUACCCUCUGUUUUUGAAAGGCAAAGGCCAAUCAGUCCCCAUUUGUAGCAUGGCACCAGGGUCUUAGGCCUAGUCCUCUCAUUCCUCCCACCCUCCGAGGUGGUCAGUGUGUCAUGGGAAGCCCACCCCCAGCUCUGCCAGUGCUCUCUGGGCCUGGCUCCCAGUCACUGGUGGCCACGAUGCGGUACAGGGCAUCCCUCCUUCCCAUCUACGGGUGUUCUCAAUAAACAAUGUACAGUUGUUUGGGCCCAGA